AUGGGUGCUAAUGAUAGUCCAACAACAACUCGUUCAAUUGUAACUGAUUAUUUCGAUUGGCGUUUAAAUAAUAGAACAAUAACAAAUAAUCGUUUAUUUUUAAUUGUACGUAAAAUAGCUAGUGAUAGUGAAACAGCUUGUAAUUCUCAACAUCCAACAUUUAUUACUCGAUUUUUUUCAUCAUCACCGAUUGAUUUACAAACAUUAAAUAAUAUAAGAAGUAUACAUAGUGAAAUAGCAAAUCAAUUAUUUAAUGAUGGUGGUAUAACAUGGACACGUAUUAUAACAUUUAUAUCAUUUUCAGCUAUGUUUGCUGAACAUAUUAUACAAUUACCAAAUAAUAAUUUAUCAUCAAAUUUAAUCAUAUCAUCUAUUAUUGAUUGGACAACAAAUUUUAUUGAUACAAAUCUUCAAACAUGGCUUCAAGAUCAAAAUAAUUGGGCCGGUUGUUUAAAAUUUUAUGAUAAAACACCACAACGACGAAAUUCAAUUGGUCGUUAUGCUGGUAUACUUGGAACUAUCGGUAUGCUUACAAUCGGCGCUUUGUAUAUGAGACGAACUUGA